AUGUGGUUAAAAUUAAUAGUUGUUGGACUAAUUGUUAUCAAUGUAACAUCAUUAGCACAAAGACUUGAACAUAUUGCUGUUAUUGAAAAUGAUGCAUUUGAACAAAGUUUACCUAGUGAAUAUAGAAAUCCAUUUUAUAAAACUCCUAGAGUACGUGCAGCAUUAGCACAUUUUAGUUGGUUUGUACCUGGAGAAGAACCUGUUUUUGAUCGUCAAGCAGAAAAAAUUCCAAGAUCAGAAAUAUAUUCGGUAUUAUCACAUGCCGGUCUUUUACCAGAUCGAAAUAGAUUUUUCUAA